AUGGAAUGGGGCACUUACAAGCCAAAUUAAUUUUUUGGAAUAAAAAAUAGAGAUCCUGAGCCUAUUACAGUAGGAAUGGCCUGGGUAGUACCUGGUAUGAAGAAGGGUGAAUUUGAUGUAAAACAUAGUUAUAAAUAUGAGAGUAACAAUGGCGAGAUUGCAUACUAUGAAUUCCAUGAUGGAUGGAGUUCUAGCAAAUAAGUGAUAGAAGAUCCAAGAGAGAAUGCAAGAAUAGAGAUAGAGUUCACUAAAUAAGUCAAAUUAGAUGACAAUGAAAAUGUAGAAAGCUCUUGGCAAGCAUUAAUCAGUAUAUAAAGAAUCAAUCCUAAGAAGAUACUUGGAAUGGUACCAUUUAUAUAUUUAUCAUCAAUCAAAGGAGGAAUAAAGCCUUAGUAAAAAUCUCAUCCUAUUCAUAAAGAUCAAACACAUGUCUUAAAGAUUGUCAGAAACCUUCCAGAUAACUAUAAUGAAUAUUUUGAAUUCAUGAAUAUUGGUGAAAAUGUGAAUGGAUCUACUGUUAUGGGUGUUCAUGUAGAAGAGGAAUAGAUUUGGAAUGUUGAAUCGCUCUUUCGUAAUAAUAUGAGAGAAAUCUUAUUAGGAGGAUAACAAUAUCAGGAGAACGCUAAUUUUGUAAUUAUGAGAUUACCUAAAAUAAAGAAAGAGUCUUCCUUUUUCAUUUCAUACAAGAAAAAGAGAUACUCUGAGAUAGAUGAUGUACACACAGACAGUUUCUUGAUGAGAAAGUCAGAAUCAGAGUUAAUAGAUGACUUUAAAUUACAGAUGCAGAUUAAGAGAAAGUCUUUUGAUAACAAAUUUGCUAGUGUUUUCAAAUUAAAUUAAGAGAGAUUCGAUAAUGAUCCGAUUCUCAACUAGUUUAAAGAAAAAGGGUUACAAUUCUCUAAAGAAGCGCUAUCAAAUUUGCUAGGUGGUAUUGGAUAUUACUACGGCCCAGUUCUUAUUAGAGAUAGAAAUAGAGGAUCUAGCUAUGAUGAGCCUGCAGAAUUAUUCACAGGUUCACCAUCAAGAUCGAGAUUUCCAAGGGGCUUCUUGUGGGAUGAGGGAUUUCAUUUGACUCUAACUUGCCAAUGGUCAAAGUUGUUGUGCAUGGACAUACUUUCUCAUUGGUUUAAUUCAAUGAAAUCUAAUGGUUGGAUUCCUAGAGAAUAAAUUAGAGGACCAGAGGCUGAAAGUAAUGUUCCAAGAGAAUUUAUAGUCUAAGAUCCAAAGGUUGCUAAUCCUCCAUCAAUGAUGUUUCCUAUGAAAUUCUUGCUUCAAGAGGCUUAAAAGGGAGAUAAAAAGAUUACUUUUUUCGUUUCAACACUUUACCAAAAAUGGUAAACUUGGUAUUAAUGGUUUUUUAAGAGCUAAGAAAAUCCAUCAAUGCCUUUCAAUUUUUCGUGGAGAGGUAGAACUUCAUAGGAAAAUUUCCCUUCUGGAUUAGAUGAUUACCCAAGAGGCUUUAUAGUUAAUGAAGGAUAUGAAAUUCACUUAGACUUACAGUCAUGGAUGGUUGAGUUUUCAAAAUUUAUGUCACUUUAUGCUACACUAGCUGAGGAUCAAAAGAGCAGCGUUAAGUAUCAAUUUAAUGCAAAGAGAAUUGAAGAGGAGUUGCAUGAAAAAUUGUUGAAUCCAAAUACAAACUUAUAUGCUGAUUAUUUGGGGCUGUAAUUUGAGCCAAUAUUACUUAAAAACGGAGGAUAUGCAGAGAAAAUAGAAUGGAGAAUUGAUUUGAAAUGCGGUGAAAAUGCAAUGAAUUCCCUAAAACAACCCGCCAAGUGCAAUCAUCCCUAUUCUAAUGAUGAAUUUAAAAACAAUGCAAGAUGCUGUAUUGAUGAAAACUGUAUUCCAGAUCCAGAUUGUUCUUGCAGUAGGUGUGAACAAUUCAGAUCUAUUGAUGAUGAUUACAAUACUCAGCUAGGUAAUUCUUACUCAGUUCAUGAGGGUAUCAUAAAUUUCUGGCCAAUAAUGUUUGGACUUGUGAAUGAUAAUUAAACCUUACAUAAUCACCUAUCUUUACUUGGAGAUCCAACUAAAAUGCUUAGUAACAGUGGAAUCAGGAGUCUGUCUAAAAUGGACCAAUUUUAUCAAUAUGGAUCAAACUACUGGCGAGGAGCAAUUUGGAUAAAUGUUAACUAUCUAGUCCUCAGAGGUCUUUUCAAAUUCUAUCAAUCUGAUGAAACAAUAAUCAAUCAAAUACCAUAGUACAAAGUAGAUCCAUAGAUUUAGACUCAGUCGGAGUUAUACCAAAUUAUAAGACAAAGAUUGAUAUAGACAGUUUAUAAAAAUUGGAGUUAAAAUCACUUAUUUUGGGAGUAAUAUGAUAAUGAAUCAGGAGUUGGAACUUUCACUAAGCCUUUUACAGGCUGGACUGCUCUCAUAUUGCUGAUUGUUUCUGAGAAUUAUGUGUGA